AACUGGGCUAUUUUUGAACGACCACUUGUAAAUCUGGCUAUUUUUGAAUUUCGCCCUGCAAAAAUGCAGGGUAAGGCCGCGCAUAAUAGAUCCUUGUGGUCCAGCCUUUUCCCGGGCCCCACGCAUAGCGGAGCUUAGUGCACUUGAUUGUCCUUUCUUUUUUUUUUUUUUUUUUUGGGUACCUCACUGCACUACACUUGCUUGAGUCGCUUAGGCUACCAGAUAUUGUUUGCGUUUGGUUGCCAUUUAUUUCAGUUUGGAGUUUGUAAGAGAACUUUUUAUCAGAACUUCGCUUGGUGUUUUUACUCAUGGAUAUCUACAGUUUUGGAUUAACAAAACUUCUUUUUAAUCCAACUUACACUAAUUUUUACUACUUUAUAAAAUGCUUGCGGUGUCUUUUAUACAUAUGAAAACAUAUUUCGUGAAAAAAUGAGUUCAAAGCUAUCUCACUACACUGAUGAGAUAUGGUUCAAAAUUGCAAGCUUUUAGGCCUUUGAAAAAGAUUAGAAGAACCCUUUAAUAAAAAAGAAAAACAAGAAGACAAUAACACUUCUUUUUUUGUAUCAAUAUUUCAAGUCUCAUUACAAAAUAUUGCACAAGGAGGUGGUCAUUCUCAUUCAAAUAGUGGAGAGGAUAGACUGAGUUUAAGGAUUGAGAUUAAAUCCUUAAAGAGAGCGAUAUAUCCAUGCCUCAACUUAAAAAUUUGUUCUUUCCAUCGUGUAGGCUUCUUGGCCUAAAUUUUGUCAAUUUUGACCUUAGUUCAAUUAACAUAUGUGGUUAUUAAAAAAGUAGCAACCGAUGCAGUUUCUCUAAUUAUUUGAAGUGCAAUUGUAUUUCUCUCAGAUUUCAUCAAGUUUAAAUAGCCAAAGGAAAAUAGGAACUUGAAAAUAGAAAGAAUCUGGAUAAGUUGAAACAUUAGAAGAUUAUUUUGCUCUGAUCAAAAUUGGAAGAUUACAUCGAAAAUGCUUUUACAGUUUUUACAUUAUACUUCCACUAGGACUGAUUUAUACCUCUUCUAGUUGUAUAAUAAGGUUUGUGUUCAUCUAUCAUCAACAAAAGAACCUAUGUUGCUCGGACUCUCCGAAAAUGUCGUUGGAUAUGUGUCGGAUCUUCCAAAAAGUAGUGCAUUUUUGGAGGAUCCGACACGGGUUCGACAACAUUUUGGAGAGUCCGCGCAACAUAGUAAUGAACUACCAACUUCAUUUGGAGAGAAAAGUAUUCAAAGGCUAACCAACUGCAUAUACCAGCAAGAAAGAAAGAAAGACUUGCAUGAUUUAAGACUUUGGGGUGAUGGACAUCUUAACAGUCGCGCGCUCUGAAGAUCUAUAAUGCAGAAAACAUUCAGUCAAAUCCUCAUCACAUUUUAUCAAUAUCGUAUCACCCUCUUUAUCUACAUACGUUAAAUCAGAACUUUCAAUCGAUGACUCGACCCUCUUUGCCACUUCCUCUUCUAAAUCCUUCAUCUUAGAAGAAAGAGUUAGCUUCAAUUUUAGCAUCCUAUCUCCAUAAUUCACCUUUGUAAUCACAGCUGUACCAUCUCGGAUUUCUGUAACAUGUGCUCCAACUUCAGCUCCAUUAAUUGUGUCUUCCUUGUUAGGAGAAUCAGAAGAUUGCUGGAAUUUUGUACUAGCAUUGACAUCUUCCUCAGCAGGGAGGAUUGAUUUCAUUUUACGAGAGUGGGAGCAUUUUCUUUUCUUUUCCUUAUUCUUGGGUGGCCAUCUAGUUAUACCGUAUAAUCUGCAUAUACGCUUCAGUGUUGAUUUGCCAACUGCAUUAGAAUAAUCCCAGGUUCAAAAAUGUCUUCAGUGAAUCUUAAACUACAAUACACACAUAUGAUUUAGACUAAAGGAAAGGAGAAGAUAAAGAAAUCAUAUCAAUUAUUCAAUCGAUCAACUACGUCUCAAUACUAGCUAGUUAGAGACCACCAGGUGAAUCCUCCAUGUCCAUUCACUCAGCUCCCGCUUUGGCCAUAAGUUUUUUGCAAAAAAAAAAUUGAAAACAAUGUUUGGUCAUAAAACGUGACCAGUUUUUGGAGAAGAAUUUUUCAAGUUUCAAAACGUGGUUUGAACUAGUUUUUCAAGUUUCUACUCACAAUCAACUUCCUUUCAAGUAAAAUGCAUCUCCAAACAUAAUUUCAACUUCCAAAAAUAAUUUUUCAUCUCUUCUUCAAAAGCUUUUUUUUCCUAGUUGCAACCAAAUCUAUGUCCAAACGCUAGCUCAAUUUGGGUCCAUUUCAUUCCAAUCACUUGUAAACAAGUUAAGUUUUAAGACAAACUUGGGAUACUCUAAUCUAUAACUUUUUUAGAUCUUACAAUUUACCUUGGCAAACAUGGUGUAGUACUCGGACCCCUCGAGCAUGGCUUCAUUAUGACUAGGAACAUGUUGUGAACUUGAUAUGGUAAUGAAUUGUAUAGGUUCUAAAUUAGAGGCUCCCCACUUAUUGUUCUUUGAAUGCUGCUUAGUUACACUUUCCUUUUUGUCCUCAACAACUAAGCUAGAUAGUCGUAAUGUCUCUCUAGAAUAUGCUUCACAGAAUCUAUUACGGACUUGGAACUACAUUAAGUGUUGGAUCCUCAGUUGUUUGUUUUAAUUUGCUUAUAUUACUCCUUGGUCCAUACUAGCAUUAUGAGACUGAUUAAUGGAUGUGGAUAUAUGGUGGGCGGGCAAGCUGACUAAGUGCCAGUCACGGUUAGGGUUAACUAUACCUUAACCCAAGUAGUUAGUAUCAUUUAUAUGGAGCAUUUUCUUCAUGUGUACUAUUCUUAAAGAAAGAAGAAAGAUACAAGCAGAAGAGUUUUGGAAAGAGUUUAUGAUACCUCCCAAAUCAUCGGCAGCGGCAUCUUGAGUCAUUGACGAACGAUCUUCAAUUUUUUUGAGGUUGAUGUUAUGGUCUCGUUCUAUCCUCUCUCUUUCUUUCUGAAUCUCUGACUCAGAGGUAAAAGUCCGUUUACCGUUUCUUCUUUUGUUCACAGCAUUUGCUCCCUGCUCUGCCUGUUGUGUUGAUAAUUCCAGCUGCAGUUUUCUUUCUUUGUUUUGUGACGUUUCAGCGCUAGUUGAAGAUCCAGCGGAAUUGCACUGUUCUUCACUUACAGCUACGCUAUCCCUUGCAGCAUUUAUCUCAUCAAUAUCCAAACUCAGUUGCUGAUUUGUUUCGGAAGAAAAAGACUGCUGAUUUGGUGUGUCAGACAACAUCAACUCUCCUCCAUUUGGCAAUGGCUCAACAUUAUGCAGUUCUUUAGUAUUUUGACAGAUCUCGAAAGAAUCAAGUUAAUCGUCAGAAGAAAUCUUGAUGACUUCAACAGAUUUCUAUGCAGAAGCUCAUUCGGGGGCAAGAAGAACUCUAGUAUGUAAACAUUGUCAUCAUUGCCCGGAGCACUUAAACAGAUUGCAAAACAACCAGUUAAACCAGCUUCGCGAGCACAAGUUACCAAAGGGUAUUCCAUUAUGCUCAACUGUGUUACAUCUUGGCAAAAGCAUGAAGAUUUUGAUGAGAAAGCCCUGCCUACAACACCGUAGCCUUCUAACAUGUAUUGAAGACCACUAGCAUAUUUGAAUCUUAAGUUUUGGUUAUCAUUGAUUGCAUUGUAUCGUUGUCUAACACUGAUAGCUUUUCCCGUGCACCAUGAAUCAGCAACGCUGACCCAAAUCUGAGCAAAAGGAAAUUGAUGUUUUUGACAUACCAUUUCUAUUGACUUGUAUAAUCCAGCAAGAGUACAUAGCUGGUCAUCCAAAACCUGCCUUGAGACUGUCUUCGUUAAUAUGAAUUCAAGAUAGAGAUAUUUCUGAAGCUUAAACAAAAAGAGCCAAAGGAAAUAAAUAUGGUCCGAAGGGAGACAGUACUGGAAAAGAGCUUGAUCUACUGGACAACUUACUUUCCAAUUAUCUGAAGCAUUGAGUUACAUGCCCAGUCCCCUAUAAUACACUGAGCCUAACACUCCAAAUGAGCUGUGGAUAUUCUGGAGCCAAUACAAUAACGAGUUCGCUACUGUCUUUCCCAUCACUGCUGCUACUACUAUCUAUCAUGAUACCAUUAAGGAGAAAAUCGCAUCUGCUCUCAAGAAUGCCUACAUUUCUGACAACUUCGGAUGCUGGUUGGUUCAAUUUUGGGCACCUGUGACUACUAAAGAUCAUAUUUUUCUAACAACUUGUGACCUACCUUUUGGUCUUACGAAACUCCAUGAAGGACUUUGUUUUUAUAGAUCAGAGUGUCUGAAAGUUAGAAUUCAUAUUGUAACUGAUAGUUCUGAGAAUGAGUAUCGACUUGGCCCUACUGGACGCGUGUUCAAACAUGGUUUGCCUGAAAUGAGUCCGGAUGUUUCGCGCUAUUCUGUUGCUGAUAUUCCUCAGCAUGGCUCGGCUUUAACUGCUGGUUUAGGGAACUAUUUGGCUGUACCGGUUUUUGAGCCUCUUAGUAAUGAAUACGCUGGAGUACUCGAGAUCAUAGGGGAUAAGAAGGGAAGCUUCUCUCAAGACCUUGUUCAUAUGGUCCAUGGGAUGCUCAAUAAGGUGGACUUGAGAUCAUCAAACAUGUAUGGCCACCCCGACAAGAAGCAGGGCCUUAGAGGGCUAGAACGAGCCCUAAAAGAGAUCGAGGAGCAGUUGAAUUUUAUAUGCAGAACACAUCAAUUACCUCUAGCUCAGACAUGGCUACAUAUCCUUGACGGAAGCAAUGUUGAAAGAUUCAAGACCACAGAGGAACAAUUUUGCAUAUGUACAUCAGCAGGCUAUGAGUUCAGAGCUGCUUGUGAUAUGUUUCACUUAGGGAAGAGUCAGGGGGUUGUUGGUAAGGCCUUUUUAACCCGUAGUUCAUGCUUCUGCAGUGACAUCACACAGUUAAGCAUGACCGAGUACCCCUUGGCACAUGUGGCACACAGAGUUGGAUUACAUAGCUCGUUUGCUAUAUGUUUGCAGAGUUCCUACACAGGGGACUAUGUAUACCUAUUGGAGUUCUUUUUACCCCAAGAUAACAAGUCAGAUUGCAGGAGUCCACAAACCAUAUUGAAUAUGCUAUUGGUCUCGAUGAAGAGACAAUUUCGAAGUUUCAAGCUUGCUUCUGGACAAAAACUGGGAGAGAAAUUAUCGGUUGAAGUUAUACCUGUUCCUUCAGAUGAUGGACUCGAGUCUUUUGAGAUAUGCCAUAGUGGGAAACCUAUAUCUGAUAUUGAAGCAGUAGCACGUCCGGAAAAAAUAUUGUGGUUUAACCCAUUAAAUAGAUUGCUGCAAAGUGGAAAUACAGUAAAUCUCUGUCCAGAAAAUGUUGAUGUAACUACAUCAUCAAGAACUGCUAACACCACAACAAAUCUAACUAAUAAUGUGAGGCUCCAAACAAAUAGAGCUGUUGAGGAAGAAAGCAUGAUGAAGAUAUCCGAAAGGCAAUACAGAAUUAACUGUACAGUGCUUCAGCAAUCAGUCGGCGCAAAAAUCUAUGGCUCUGAAACCACUCUUGCAAGCCAAUCUGCUCGAGAUAAUCUUGGCACAGAGCAUCUUGAAGUUAGUGACAUGAGUUCCUCCAGUGAUCAGCUUGAAUACGCUAAAGAUGCUGAUAUAUAUUUUAAAGAAACCAGUGGAGGUGAAUAUGAGGAGCAACAGAUUAUCAGCAAGGAAGGUGGAUCACUUCUAAAAGAUAAUUUUAAAGGAGGAGCAUCAUGGGCAUGUGAAGUUGGUUCACAGUCUAUGGUCUGCCCUAUCAUAGUUGAGGAUCUGAAUCGGCCGCGUCAAAUGCGUGUGGAGAUGCUUUGUGAAGAACCAGUUCUGUUUGUGGAAAUAGCAAAUAUAAUAAUAGGAAUUGGCUUGACCAUCUUAAAAUGGGCUAUGGAAACGAGGAAUGACAAAACAUGGGUAGGGUUCAUCGUAGAGGCAAACAGAGAUGUGAAAAGGAUAGAGAUAUUGUACUCACUUAUUCGCCUCUUGGAGCAUAUAGGAAAAUUGGAGGAGAAUCUGCUAAUGUCAUUAAGAAUGACAUAAUGAUGGUGCAUUCAUUUCACCAAGCAGCUUCGUGAAUCUCACCACCAAGAGGGGAAAACCAAAGGCGAACGGCUCGGACAACACCAAUAUCAACUCCAUGGUAAUCUUCAAAGCCAUAUAAACUUGCAUUUGCAAGGUUUGUUAAAUCAGAAAGUGAUCCUGCAUUUACUGUGCAAGAAGCUGUUUCCCCUGAUAUCUAAGAGGAAAACAGAAAAGAAGAAAGUUAUUUGUCAUUAGUUGAUUUUACGUAGAAAAUUAUUGUAUUUCACAUUUGUAGCAAAGUUUUAAACAUCAAGUUAUGAGAACUUUAGAGCUAUGUUACAACUUAUAUGGACUCAACUACCAGUAUGUAUUUUGUAGGAAUGUGCAUAUUUGGUAAGAGUUUAACUUGUACAGAAAUUUUUAUACUAUCAGGUCACCAAAACGUAACUGCA